CACAGCAGCAAAGAAUGACAGUAAACUGAAAGAGCAAAGAUCAAGAAAAUCAAGCAUGAUACUCCAAGCCUGUAACACAACCUUACUGCACUAGCACAAAAGUAAUAGAUAGUGAUGUCUGACGUUGUGGCAAAAAUCUUGAAAGAGCAUCAGAGGCGACCAGGUCAGCUGGAGACGGAAACGAAAGGUCAAUUCUUCUGGAGAAUACUGAGAGAGUCUAUAAGGGACACUACUAAGCUUGUCUCUAAUGCUGAUACUAAAUCUAUUCACAUAGGACAUGGGGUUCAUCACACCAGAAAGAUCAAUCAUGUUGAAACAAUCAAUGAUGUACUUUUUAAUCCAUUAACACAGGAGUACCUAACAGUUGACUCUCAUGGAAUCAAUAUCUUCCACCAUGAUGGUCGUCUUAAGGGCCAUGUGGAGCCAGAGGAACCAAUCGAUAGACUGGUGUUCUGUAAGGGCUCUAAGAGAUAUGUUGGAUGGACACCGGAUGAUGUUUUCAUCAAGAUGUUCGCUCCAAGUUUCGAACUCAUCUCUGAGGCUAAGUCUCCCCAUCCUAUAACAUGUGUACUGUAUAAUGAACAACAGGAUGAAGUUAUUAGUGCUGGACAUGCUCAUAUCAUGUCUUGGUGCUUCCGUUAUGGUGCUAAACAUCUGGUUCCCCAGAAGAUGAUCCGGGAUAGUUUCUUAAGUCAGGAUACCUUCACUAUGUUAGCAGUAGAGAACACAGCUAGUAGAGCUCAACGUUGCUUUGCUGUAUGUGAAUCUAAUAUUGCUGUCUUUAAUCUUCAUGAUGGUGUAAUGUUGGAAUACAAACGUAAUCUACAUGUUAGAAAAAUCACAAGCAUACUGUUCUUCAAUCCUCUGAAGUACCUUGUAACGGGCGCAAGAGAUGGUUCUGUCAAGGUCUGGGACACUGAUUGGCAUCUGAAACUGGUCUUUGUUGGCCACCGUGGUCCUGUAACAGCUCUAUCUGUCUAUCCCUAUGGACCUUACAUCAUAUCAGGCUCAGAAGACACUACCAUGAGAGUCUGGAGCUUAGAGACUUGUGAUGAGGUGGACCUAAUUGAAGCUGGAGUCCCGAUAGCAGGACUAGGUACACAACUAAAAAACGAUGAUGUUUUUUCUUUUGCGGAUACAACAGUAGAUUUAUGGAAAUUACGUCACAUCCACAAUCUCUUCACCACAGUAGGGAGCAAAGUUAACAAAAUUAAUAUGACUACGCAUCCUGAUGUAACAUCAAGAGCUAUGUGUGUAUGUCGAGAUGGUACUGUACGGAUCAUAACACCUGGAAGUGGAGAUGUUUUGACUACAUAUUUAGCUGAUGAUGCACAGCAGGGGAUCGUAGAUGCAGCAUACUCGGCCAGUGAAAAUAUGUUAUUUGCCAUCCUGAAAUCUGGUCAAAUUAUCAAAGCUGAUACUUCGGUCAAUCCUUGUAAGGUAUUUAAAACAUGGUCACCUCCAUCUGGUAACGCCAAAGACAAGAACUCCCUCAACUGUAUCUGUCUUUAUGAAUAUGUGGUUCAAUCCACAAUGCAGAAUGAUACCUGGAAAGGAAUCUUUAAGACAUUGGCCGCUACCAAUGUCAUGGAUGACAAGCAGAUUAAGAAUAAAGAUCGUACAUUGCUGAUUGGCGGUCGCAAGGAUGGAUAUGUGGCUGUUUUAGAUUGGAAGACGUUAAAAUGUGUCUUUAAGACAGAUGCUCACGGCUAUAAAGGAGUACUAGGAGUUGCAACAAAUCCCAAGAAUGAUCAACUUAUUACAGCAGGACUGGAUUGUGGAAUGAUCAAAGAUGAUAAUGUGAUCAAAGUUUGGAGAGUAUUUCCUUUUGCUGAGGAAUCAUUAACACCUCUCAUGUCUAUCUACUGUGCUCAUAUGCCUCUACACAUGACAGUCAUGAAGACAACGCUCUGUGUUGCUUUCCAGGAUCCAAAUACUGCCACCUACAGUCUCGUUCAUUACAACUUGAUCAAUAAAAGUCGUAAUGAUCAUAGUCCUGAUGAGGACCAUAUUGAUAAUAUCACCGGCUUGGCUUGCAAUCCACGUAUGAAAGUAUUUGCUUCAACAAGCAUUGAUGGUACUAUCAAAAUAUGGGAUGAUUAUAAUCGGCUUAUUAGAUGUAUCAAGCUGAAUGCAGAGCCAUAUGGUGUUGAUUUCUGUAGUCAACGAGGUGAUCUAUUGGUCGGUAUUGGAAAUCACAUUCAUCGCAUCAGUCAUGAGAGUUACAUGCCAAAGGCAUACCUACGUAAGAUGGUAUCUAUGGUAUUUCCUGACGUACCGACGGAGCAACCAUUGGAGUAUGAACUGGACGGUAUCAGAGCACUCACACCACUAAGUCAUAAGAGACUUAAAGCAGCUCACUCAUCUCUCUUCAGAUUUGAUCGCUUUGUGGACACUCUAACAGAAGAAGAAACUGAACAGAUUACAAAGGAGAAAGAGGAGAAGGAAGAGGCGUAUGCCAAACUUGCCGCAAGAGAGGAAGAGCUGCGUAAGCUUCGAGAUGGUGAAUUUGAGUUCACUAAGGCCAAUGCUAUCAAGAAAGGAACAUCAGCUUCUACUAGGGUCAAGAAUGAAGGCUUUUGUGGCUACUGGGAUCAGGUUCAUCUGGAAUCUCAUAGACCAGAUAUUCCAGACUAUGAUGAUUGGGAUCUGACUAGACCUAUAGUAGACUAUGACCCAGAAAGGAAAUGGAUGCCAGAGAAAGAACCAGUCGGAUUCUUCCCAGACCCAUCUCUAGCUAGAUGGCCACAUAGGAAACCUGGACAACUCAAACCCAUUCUUGAUCCUGAGCUUUCAAUUGAAAGCAUGAUCUGUUCCUGUGAAGUGGAUAUGAGGAUACCAAUCAAAACAGAAAGUGAAGAUGACGAAAAUAACAUCAAGAUGGAAGGGAAGAGAGAUGAAGGAACAAUUAUGUCAAAGUUGGGAACUGAGGAGGAUGAAGAGGAGAGAAUGGAAACUGAUGGUAAUCAAGCAGAUGACGAACAGGAGAAAGAAGAUGACAAAGAUGAGAAAAUGGACACAAGAGAAGAAGAAGAAGAGGAGGAGGAGGAGGAAGAGUUGGAUAUUCCUCCUCUACCAAUCCAUCCAAGAGGUUUCAUUCCUAACUCUGUUCUUGUGAGGCUCAUUUGGCCCCCUGAAGAGACAGCUAAAGUUAUGGAGGAUAGGUAUCGCCCCCCUCAACUUGAUGAAGAUCAGCUUGCUCAGGUCGCUGCUCAUAAACAGUUUCUUGCUGAAACAGAAACAGAGCGAGUCAUAAUUUGGUCAGAAGAGGAAGAGGGGACACCACUACCUGAUGGAAGCAAACAGGAGGAUGUGGAUAAGAAGAAAUCUAUUGAUGACUUGGAGUUUGGUGCUCCAUCCACCUCUCAUCUUGCUAAGAGACUUGGUAUCAAUAUAGAGGAACCAACAUCACCCAAGGAUAUUGAGAUAGAGAAGGAUCCAACACCUACUCCUCCACCUACACCACCACCAGAAGAACCUAAAGAAGAACCAGUUAAACCACAACCCAAGAAAACAACCAAGAUGAAAGUUGAGAAGCUUAUCUCUAAACCCAAGACACCACCACCCAAGGAACCAACACCCACGCCACCUCCACCACCAACACCAUCACCACCACGCCCUCCUACACCCUUGCCACAGUUUAUCACACAAUUUAAAGGAUCGGAGUGGUUUGAACAGUACUUCCCUAAUGCUACCAAUAGGACAUUUCCUAAGCCUUGGACGGUAAGUGCCUUUGUGACGAUGCUACUACGUCUUCUAAAGAUAGCAGAUUACGGAAUGAAGACUCCAAUCCUGUAUGCUAUCCUAGCUCUACAUCAACAAGAUCCUAUACCCAAUGCUGAAUCAGUCUUGGAUCUUCUUUUGUCUAUACUUAACAAGAGUGUUGGACCAACAUGCCAAGAUGAAGAUCAAAAGGACUUCAUAGUUGCAUGUCUUCACUUCUUCAAGGCAUAUGGCAAGUUUAAUAAGAAGGUGGUUGUUGAGAUCAUGGUGGAGUUUGUUGACGGUGAUAAAAUGGUCAGGGAGAUGGCUCAUGAUCUUUUUAUUCACAUGGGACUGGAGGAUGCUCAUAAUUACUUUGUAAAGGAACUUGAUAGUUGGGAUGUAUGGGGUAUGGAAGAAGAGAGUAGGAAGAAAGAAGUCAGGGAGAUGGCUACUAUGUGGCUAGAUCAAUGGAUGGCCUUGUUUAAGGGUCAUCUGAAAAGGUCAAUUGAACAGCUACAGAAAGGCAAAUUAACAGGGAAGAUUGCUAGAAAGAGAAGCAUUGGAGGUACCAAGGCAUCCCCUACUAAGAGAACUCUCAAACAACCUGUUGACGCUCCUGUAUCUACAGAGCAAGGAUCUCAAGAUUCAGACAAGCUAUCAGAAACAGGUGGAUCAGAUUCUAAGAGUAUUAAAUCAGUAUCUAGUAAAGGUGAACCAGGACCUAAACCUCAACCACCUCCACAGAAAUCACUUACAGUGACAUUCAACGUACCGCCUGAUAUGUCAGCUCUUGAUAACAUCCAGCCAACUGAAGCUAUCAAUUACUUUGUAGAGAUGGAAGUAGAACGCCAUCUUGAGAAACUAAAGAUGGCCGCUGCGAAAGAACAACGAAAGAAAGAAGAUGACAAGAAGAAUACUGUCCUGGUUCUACCCAAGAUAAGAAGUGGAUCUGCUGGAGGUUCAUUAAUUGGAAGGGAGGAUCUUGGUUCUGAGGAUGACUUCAUGUCAAGGGAUUUUUCAGAUGAAGAAUUAAGAAGGAGAGAAUGGUGGGAGGAGAUGAAGAGAUCAAAGAAUAAGAAAAAGAAGCAGAAGGAAGAGAGGUAUUGUUUGCUGUGCUAAUUCACUUUAUUCCUCUGAGUUUAAUCAAGGAGUGUGUUGGUAACUCCUUGAUUUAAUGGUUUAAUACAGAAUCACUGAAUACAGAGUGUGGUAAAUUUGGUCACAGAUCAGUAGCAACAUGGUGAAUACAAUUGACAUGGCCUCACUUCCUAACAUGCAGCUCUUUAUGACAUCAUGUAGUAUCACUAUAGUCUGUGCUGGGCAUUGCUUUACAUUAAAUAUUGUGCGUGUUGUAUAAUUUACGCACUUGCAUACAUGUAUGUGCAAUAGAAUAUGCAGUACAGCAACAUAUUGAAUAGCAAGUUUUGUCUCAAAGCCUAUGGGAUAAAUGUCAGAUUUCGCUGCUCUGUGAAUACUGCACAGGCAAAUUAUACAGACCAAAAUAUGCAGUUUUAAUGCAACCUAUAAUAACCUUAGAUUGUUCUUCUUGACAAAACAGUCUACCAUGCAAACUCUGUUAUUAUAAUUAAGUGCUUUGGUUUCAUCCAAAAUUGAAUCAGAGUGGAUGUUUUUCCCUCCAUGAUAUCAUGGACCUCCAUGAUGAUAUUCAGCACCCAACAUUUGAAUGCCAGUUCAAAAGAAUUACCAUUCUGAUUGAAAAAUGUUUAUUCAACAUUCUGAAAAUAAAAUGAAGUGUUUGAGGUGACUCACAUCAAACCUCUCUUUUUAAUGUGGAUCUUAAUAUUCAGUCAUUGAAGAAUUAUGCACCCAAUUCAAAACUUAUAAGGCUUCUUCAUAUAUUCAAAUAUAUCUGGGUGUACUUGAUAUUGAAAUUUACUGAUAUUUCAUUUUCUUUUUGAAAGUAAGAAAUUGUCUUCAAUAUGGUCAAAAUAAAAUUGGGAAGAAAGAUUUAUUCACAUUGAAAUUAGACUACAGUGUUAGAUUAAAACAAGAAUGAGAGUGGGUUUACAAGGCAUAUUUGACCUGUUAGAUUAUAAUUUAGAUAACAGGGCAAGUCUACCCAAUUAAAAAUUAAUUUGAAUAAAAAGAGAAAAACCAUACUAGCUCAACGCUGACAAUUUUAUUGUUCUUUCUCUUUGUAUUCAAAUCUACUUGUUUUGGGGGUGAACUUGAUCUUUAACAUUUGAUAUGUAUCUUGUUUCUUUACUUGAAUAUAUUUUGCACCUUUCUAACUCGUACACUCCUUUGCUGUUUUUUUGUUUUGUUUUGCAUAAUGAUGUAGAGUUUCAACCUGAGUGAUGUAUUCCUUUAUACUCACUCCAUCUUUCCUUUGGUUUUGAUAGCACCCUGUCAUAAUUCCAUAAUACUUUGUAGUGUUAUAUUUCUGCUUGCAUAUUGCAGGACACUAAUAGGAGAAUGCCGCAAAGAGAAUGAAUUCAGUUUUUUUCCCAAAAUGAUAUAAGCCAUUACACUUUAUGCAAUGACCGGAUGAAGGCGGGACUGCACCAACCCGAGUUUGCUCAAUCUCGAGAUUUUAGCCCGAUCGGCCCUCUUUGUGAUUAAUCUCGAGAUUCAAGAAACCCUGUCUCCACCAUCACAAGAAGGGCGAUUCCUGCUCGAGUGAGGCACCGAUGCAUUAGGGUCUGACGCCGUGAAUAAAUAAUCCCAAGUGUGUCUGCACCUGCGAAUUAGCGGGAUAAUUUGUAAAAUAGCGUGCUAUUUUGCAAAUAAUCCCAAGUUGACUUGGGAUUGCAAUCUCGAGAUUGAUCCUACAAACUAGCGCGAUAAUUGCGUCUCCAUUACAAAUAAUCUCUAGAUUGUUCAGAUAGGGAUAAUUUGCUGGAUCAGAAAUAGCGCACUAAUUUGAAAACUCGGGCUGGUGCAGACGGCCCUAUUGACUGUAAACCUGAAUAGUACUUUUUUAAUUGCUGAGAUGACCAUGAUAUGCUAGUCAUCCCAUUUAAAAAGUGUUCACUUAUAAUAUUUAGCAAAGGGUCAAAUGUUAAGUUAUUAGUUUAAAGCGGAAUAGUAGCUUCCCCACUUGUAAAUUAUGUCACCUGGUCUAUGUAGUGGUUUCUUUAUUAGAGUUGAAUGUCACAGACUGGUAUACCAGACAAGCUUACGUAAAUAAGAAUUUAAUGAUUACCUAUCCAAUAGAAAAAAAAGAAAGGUCAUUUGGGAAAAGUUGUCCGAGAGGUAAUUUAUCAGUGUUCAUCCAAAAACAAUGUAUCACAUGUACGACAGUCCAAACCCAUUUCAGAGAAAAUCGACUGACUUCAAAGCUUUCUAUUAUUACCAUAUUUUUGUCCCCAACAUUUCAAGAUUUCAUUGCCAGAAAAAUACAUGGUAGGAACAUGGAGCUAUAGCUCUAUGGUAGGAAAGACCAAAACAGUUUCUUGACAUUGAUAUCUCUUUUUACACAAAACGAAGAAUAAGAGAAAAUAUCACAAAAGAGCAAUAAUUUGUAAAUUUGGAUUGAGCAGUUUAGAUUUUCCCUGUAUAAAACGUCAUAGGGAAUACGCUGACCACAUUUUCAAUGCGCACGAUCAGCAAAAUCUAAGUUAUGUGCAGAGUCAAUCAAUGCAUGAACCACUGAGGAAUAAAUAUUCAUGUUUAUUAAUUCUGUUGUGCAGUUAUGAGGAAGAUUGCAUCUAUCAGAAUUCACAUUCAGAUCCAGAUUUGAUCUUGUAUUUCAUUUUGCACAAUAAUGUCAGUAUUAUAGAGGAGUUUAAGACAUCAGCUUACUUUUUAUUGCCGGAGAAUUCAGUUCCACUGUCCAUCAGUUGAUCUCUCUUUGUGUGUGUGUUUUUACACUACAAAUGAGCAGCUUCUCCAUAAUUAUGUUGUGUGAUGUAGAUUUAUCUAAAAUGCCAUUUUUCAACG